AUGACUAUCGCAGAGGAGUUCGCAACGCGCAAUUUCAGUAUUUACGGUCAAUGGACUGGAGUUGUAUGCAUACUUCUAUGCUUUGCCCUAGGGAUUGCCAACCUCUUCCACAUAAGCUUGCUUAUCAUCUUUAGUGCGCUAUGCCUUGUGAGCUCUUUCCUCAUCAUCUUCAUUGAGAUUCCAUUGCUUCUUCGAAUUUGCCCCACGUCCUCGACCUUCGACACCUUUAUGCGCCGAUUCACAACCAAUUAUAUGCGCGCUGCUAUCUACAUGGGAAUGGCUAUUGUUCAAUGGCUCAGCAUCAUCAUUGCAGCAUCAAGUCUCAUCGCUGCCGCUGUCCUUCUCACCAUCGCAGCUGGUUUCUACGCAUUGGCUGGUCUUAAGGGACAAGGAUUUGUGGGAAGCAAAACACUUGGUGGUCAAGGUGUCGCGCAAAUGAUCCUAUAA